CCGGCCGUUUGUGCUCAUGAUGGAGUAAAACACCACGUUUACCGCACUCUCAGCUCUUCCAUAUCAUAAUAUGACAAUGAUGUGAAAAGCGAUGAAGCUCGAGGUACAAUUUCUACAAACGGAGCGACUCGACAUUUACUGCGUUUUUCUCAUCAUUUUGCUGCGAUUUUGUGUCACAUUCGCCCAGCAGUGCGAUGUGACCGCUGUUUCCGGAGACGCUGCGAUCGUCCCGCUGGGUUAUUCCGAGUUCACGCCGGACAAUGAUCUGGUCUGGAGGCGCAACGGCGUGACGAUGUUUGACAGGUACAGAGGAACGGUCCUUUUAGGCAAGGAAGGAGAUGUAACCAGCAAUGGAUCCCUUGUGCUGCUCAAUGUGAAGAAGUACCAGGAGGGAGAGUAUUCUGGGGAAAUACGUGACGGAUCGAGACCCAUUUACACGACAGCGAAGUUCUUGUGUGUGACAGCUGAGCUCCUCUAUGGAUUAAUAGCAGAAGAGAUUCUGCUGGAUCCGAAAGUGGACGAGACCAUCGGCAGGAUCACGUGGGAGAAAGAAAAGGAAAUAAUAGAAGAGUGGGUCACUGGCCGUGCGCUGGGAUAUUACCCCAGAUGCAGGAGCGCAGAGCAGUGCGUCCUCGAUCUCACCACGGGGGCGUUGGUACUGAAAGGGUUAAAACCUGAAGACGAAGGGAAAUACACCGUUACCGUGAACAAUAAAGGACGCGCAAGGGAAUUUACCCUGACGGUACUGACCCCCGUGUCCAAACCGACCGUGACCGCGUCCUGCAACGAGACCCGGUGCACCCUGACCUGCGUGGGCCUGGAGACGAAGAGCGCCACGUACUCUUGGAAGGAGAACAGCGACACCGUGAAGGAUGUGGAGGGAAACACCUUGAUGGUGGAGAAGAGCGGAGACCUGCAUAAAAGAUACAGCUGUGUGUUCAGCAACCCUAAGAGUGGGAAAGAGAGUGACCCUCUCACCGAGAUGGACUUGUUUCUUGAAGCCGUGUCCAAACCUCAUGUGAGCAAAUCGUGCGGCGAGAGCCGGUGCACCCUGACCUGUGUGGGAAAGGAGACGGAGUACGCCGAGUACUCGUGGAAGAAGAACAGAGAGACGCUGAAGGAGGGAAACACCUUGACCGUCGGAAGGACCGGAUUCCUGAGUCAGAGUUACACCUGCGUGUUCCGUAACCCAAAGAGUGAGGCUAAGAGCGACCCGGUCUACGAGAUGGACUUAUUCGCAUGUGCUUCCCACGAUUCCACCGUGGCCAUCGUGCUCUCGGUGUUCGUGACCGUAGCGGUGGCCGGAGCCGUGGUCGGGACGUACUUGAAAAGAAAUCCCUGCAGACGUAUGAACUGCCUGAGGAAGAGCAGGGUCGACCCGUGUAAUCAGGUGUCAACCACCGAGCAGGUUUCUUCAGUGACGCACAGACACCCUCGCCCAGGCGACCGGACCUGGGUUGAUCCGACCCCCACCUGCGUCCAGGUCGUGUUGCUUUGUACCCAAGGCUCGUCUCUCCUGAUCUACAGCCAUCUAGAUAGCCCCUCUGCAGCCUCAGUGACCGCUUCCAAAGUGUUUGUCCUCUGACUGCCUGUAGGCCCUACUGUACCUACUGUGGGCAGAGCCAGCACACAUUUACUUCCGCUCAGUUCCCAGGUGCUUUUCUCCAAAGCGACAUUCAGUGACUCCGGUGUGUAAUUUUUUUUUUUUUUUUAGCUCACAUGUUAAUCCAAGGUGAUUUACAUUGCUAGAUGUACUAUAGUACACUACCUAUAACCAUUCACCUGCAUAUAUACCCUAGAGUAGUGUAUAAAACACACAUACGCAUUGCAGAUGGUUUAGAGGAAACAUAUCUCCGGACUGUGGGAGGAAACCAGAGCGCCUGGAGAAAAUCCACACGAAUGCAGUGAGAACAAGCAAACUGUGCACAGAUCGAUCGGGGAUUGAACCCACAUCCACCGCCCCCUGCAGUCUGACUGUGUCACCCCACCCCGAAUACGUAUUGAACCAGUACGUUCAAUAAAGAUGUACCGU